AUUACAUUAAUGCUAGGAAGAAAUACCAGAUUAACUUUCUAAGUGUGGAAUCAUAAUAAAUAUUUGAAAAAAUGUGUGUCCUGUGCUUGGGGAUCCCAUAAAGAGAACUGCAGAUACCAAGUUGUGCUAGUACAUCCAUAUAAAUAAUUAAUACCUGAAGUCUCAAUGUAACAUGGACAUUAACAGUGAUGACAAAUAAAUACAGACGCUUGGGAAUCAAAUACUAGGCGAAAAACACUUUUAAAAAGGAAUUUAGGAGGUUCUAGUAUUCUCCAUGGCUGAAGCUGAGAGUCUGAAACCCUGAUGCUUAAGCUCUAUUCUAGAUCAUAGCUCCAACUCCUUCAGGAUAUAAGGAAAAGAUAAUAUUUCCACAAUGAUAGAUCUUUGGUUGUUCAGGUUUCCCAAUGAGUGGAUCAUGAUGACCGUAUUGUAGGGACUUGCCAUAGUAUGGCUGCUUCCCGAUCUACUCGUGUUACAAGAUCAACAGUGGGGUUAAACGGCUUGGAUGAAUCUUUUUGUGGUAGAACUUUAAGGAAUCGUAGCAUUGCUCACCCUGAAGAAAUCUCUUCUCAUUCUCAAGUACGAUCAAGAUCACCAAAGAAGAGACCAGAGCCUGUGCAAAUUCAGAAAGGAAAUAAUAAUGGAAGAACUACUGAUUUAAAACAGCAAAGUACUCGAGAAUCAUGGGUAAGCCCUAGGAAAAGAGGACUUUCUUCUUCAGAAAAAGAUAACAUAGAAAGGCAGGCUGUAGAAAAUUGUGAGAGAAGGCAAACAGAACCUGUUUCACCAGUUUUAAAAAGAAUUAAGCGUUGUCUUAGAUCUGAAGCACCAAACAGUUCAGAAGAAGAUUCACCUAUAAAAUCAGACAAGGAGUCGGUAGAAGAGAGGAAUACAGUAGUGGACAAUGAUGCAGAUUUUCAAGGGACUAAACGAGCUUGUCGAUGUCUUAUACUGGAUGAUUGUGAGAAAAGGGAAAUUAAAAAGGUGAAUGUCAGUGAGGAAGGGCCACUUAAUUCUACAGUAGUUGAAGAAAUCGCAGGCUAUUUGGCUGUCAAUGGUGUUGAUGACAGUGAUUCAGCUGUUAUAAACUAUGACGACUGUCAGCCUGAUGGGAACACUAAACAAAAUAGCACUGGUUCGUAUGUGUUACAGGAAAAGUCAGUAGCUGAAAAUGGGGAUUCGGAUACCCACACUUCAAUGUUCCUUGAUAGUAGGAAGGACGACAGUUAUAUAGACCAUAACGUGCCUUGCACAAAUUCAGAAGUGCAGGUCAAGUUGGAGGACCACAAAAUAGUAACUGCCUGCCUGCCUGUGGAACAUGUUAAUCAGCUGACUACUGAGCCAGCUACAGGUCCCUUUUCUGAAAUUCAGUCAUCCUUAAGGGAUUCUGAGGAGGAAGUAGAUGUGGUGGGAGAUAGCAGUGCCUCAAAAGAGCAGUGUAAUGAAAACACCAAUAACGCCCUGGACACGAGUCUUGAGAGUAUGCCAGUCUCUGGAGAACCAGAAUCAUCUUCUGUUCUAGACUGUGUUUCAGCUCAAAUGAUGUCUUUAUCAGAACCUCAAGAACAUCGAUAUACUCUGAGAACUUCACCACGAAGGGCAGCCCCUACCAGAGGUAGUCCCACUAAAAACAAUUCUCCUUGCAGAGAAAAUGGACAAUUUGAGGAGAAUAAUCUUAGUCCCAAUGAAACAAAUGCAACUGUUAGUGAUAAUAGAAGUGAAUCUCCCACAAAUCCUGAUGAAAUUUCUCAGAAUGAAAAAGGAAUAUUUUGUGACUCUGGAAAUUAUGGGAGUGAAGGACUAAGUAAGCCACCCUCAGAGGCAAGACUUAAUAUUGGACAUUUGCCAUCUGCCAAAGAGAGUGCCAAUCCACACAGUACAGAAGAAGAAGAUGAUGAUCCUGAUGUUUAUUACUUUGAAUCAGAUCAUGUGGCACUGAAACACAACAAAGAUUAUCAGAGACUGUUACAGACGAUUGCUGUACUCGAGGCUCAGCGUUCUCAAGCAGUCCAGGACCUUGAAAGUUUAGGCAAACACCAGAAAGAAGCACUAAAAAAUCCCAUUGGAUUUGUGGAGAAACUCCAGAAGAAGGCUGAUAUAGGGCUUCCAUAUCCACAGAGAGUUGUUCAAUUGCCUGAGAUUGUAUGGGACCAAUAUACCAAUAGCCUUGGGAACUUUGAAAGAGAAUUUAAAAAUCGUAAAAGACAUACUAGGAGAGUAAAGCUAGUUUUUGAUAAAGUAGGUUUACCUGCUAGACCAAAAAGUCCUUUAGAUCCUAAGAAGGAUGGAGAGUCCCUUUCAUAUUCUAUGUUGCCUUUGAGUGAUGGUCCAGAAGGCUCAAACAGUCGUCCUCAGAUGAUAAGAGGACGCCUUUGUGAUGAUACCAAACCUGAAACAUUUAACCAACUGUGGACUGUUGAGGAACAGAAAAAGCUUGAACAGCUACUCCUGAAAUACCCUCCUGAAGAAGUAGAAUCUCGACGCUGGCAGAAGAUUGCAGAUGAACUGGGCAAUAGGACAGCAAAGCAGGUUGCCAGCCGAGUGCAGAAGUAUUUCAUAAAACUAACUAAAGCUGGCAUUCCAGUCCCAGGCAGAACACCAAACUUAUAUAUGUACUCCAAAAAGUCUUCCACAAGCAGACGACAGCACCCCCUUAAUAAGCAUCUCUUUAAACCUUCCACUUUCAUGACUUCCCAUGAACCACCAGUGUAUAUGGAUGAAGAUGAUGACCGAUCCUGUUUUCAUAGCCACAUGAACACUGCUAUUGAAGAGGCAUCAGAUGAAGAAAGUAUUCCUAUUAUGUAUAGGAAUUUACCUGAAUAUAAGGAACUAUUACAGUUUAAAAAGUUAAAGAAGCAGAAACUCCAGCAGAUGCAAGCUGAAAGUGGAUUUGUACAACAUGUGGGCUUCAAGUGCGAUAACUGUGGCAUAGAACCUAUCCAGGGUGUUCGGUGGCACUGCCAGGAUUGUCCUCCAGAAAUGUCUUUGGAUUUCUGUGAUUCUUGUUCAGACUGUACAGAAGACAACAGUGUACUGAGAUAUGAAGAACAUUUUUUUUUCAAGAAAAUAGCAUAUCACAGGUAGUAAGGAUAAAUACUGUUUUGUGAAAGUCUUCUUUUAGUUAUUACUAUGGCAUGCUAUAUAAACUGUAUUUCUUAAUGUAGGUAACAGAUUUUGAAAGCCAUUGUUCUAGUUGCACUGGAUGGAAUUGGAAGUACUUGUUUUUUUUGUUUUUUUUUCCAGAUAAGUGGUUUUUUCCUCCACAGAGAUUAUAGAGGCAUUGACCUUUUAGGUUGUAUUUUUAUUUUUUAAACUUAUGAAAAUAACCUCCUGUUGAUAGAAUCCCAGAAAAAAAAUACUUUUUUUUUUUAACUUUUUUUUCGUGUAGCCAAUUAAAUGAAUUUUUGAGAAGUGCUAUCCCAUUUAGCUCCAUAAGGACAAAGACCAUCCCUAUCUGUGUCCCUGUGGCCUGCCUGCCUCUUAGAUUUUUAAUAAGUAUUUAGUACUAGUAUAAUCAGUGUUUUGAUGAGUUAUAUUUUUUCUCCAGAAAGGUAGGAGAGACCAUGUAUGUCUGAGUGUGUCUGUGAGUGCCUACGUGGGGCCCUUUGGGGGCCUGCCUCAGGAGAUCUUUAUAGGGCUCUGAGAGUAUUGAAGAAUUGCAUCCUAUCUUAUCUGGAGGAUGUUGUUCAAGCCUGGGUGGCUGAGAAGAUUAUGGUUUCCUCUGGGUUCCCAGUUAGGCCGUAAACCUUGAUUCUCUGCCAUGUUUUUAGAGUGAAAGGGCACUGGAGUGGAAAUUCUGGGUCCCAGUCCCAAUUGUGAAAGUGAGGCACUCAACAAAUAUUGACAAAGAACCACCUUUUAUUGAACUCUAGGAACUAGUAAAUGAUUUACAUGUAUUACUAACUUGUUGAAUACUUGCAACCCCUCUGUGAGGUUGCUUACUAUUAUGUCCACUGUACAGAUGAAAUAACCAAGUUUCAGCGGAUAUAAGUGUUAGCUUUUAAUAAUUGUGUGUGGGAUGGAGGGUAUAAAGCUUUGCCCUUCUAGAGCCUUAUGGUCUAAUGCAGAAGAGCACCAGUAAACACAUAAAUAUAAAAUAUUACAUAAAGUUAGGCAGAGAUAAAUGUUGUGAAGAAAAUAAUGUUUGAAGAAAAAUGGUGGAAGAAUGAGGACCAGACUGUCAUUUUAGAUGGAAUAAUCAAAGAACGCUCGAUGAGACCUGGACGGAGUGAGGGAAUUGGCCUGUGGAUAACCUGGAGGAAGAGGCGGGAUAGCAACAACAAGGGUCUGAUCCAGCAGAGAUCUUGGCUUGUUCAGGCAACAUUAAGAGGGCCCGUGUAGCUUGAGCCAAACGAGCAAGAGGAGAAUGUAGUUGAUGGGGUGAUACAGGGUACAGAGGCAGAGCAGGUGAGGCCUUGAAUGUAGACCAUUGUAAAGGAGUUUGGAUUGUGUUCUGAUGUCUUUCACAUACACACAAGGGCUUCUGCUGGGCAGAGACCUCUAAGAUCCUUUCCUGCUU